AUGAAACUUUUCGCUUUUUCCGGAAUAUUAGCUUUUACAGAGGCGAAGCAGAUUUGGUCCUGGGGGAAGAAAUGCGUCGAAGCGCCGGUUAUUGCUGACUUUGAUAUUGAAAGAUACAAGGGACAGUGGAAUGAAGUAGCCCGCUACCCAAACAACUUCCAAGACGAAGAGGGUCAGUGCAACCGAGCUACGUACACGGAUCGAGAUGAAAUCUCAGUGAAAGUGAACAACACCCAAAUCAUUGAACGAGAUGGAGUUCGAGAAGCAAACGGAGCUUUUGGCCAAGCCAUCCAAGAGAUUGAGGACAAGCCGAACUGGUUAACAGUAACGUUUAACUUGGAGUCUGGAUUUGCAAACUGGAUCUCGCGAUUGUUCACUUCCAAGGGCAAUUAUAAAAUGAUGGGCACUGAUUAUGAUAACUACGCUGUUGUGCUCAGUUGCCAACGAUACUGGUUUAUUACCGUUGAACAAGCUUGGUUUCUCGCUCGCGAUCCUAACUUCCCACAGACAGAUCAAUUCAGAGAAUUGAUGGACGAUGCUGUUGAAAACUGGGGAGUACAAGAAGAUCUUCUUGUUUACUCAGAUCAUUCCGACUGCUCUUGGGACAUCAACACUCAGUUCGACUGGGGAGAUGUUUGA